AUGGACAAACUCAUCAGUAUUGGAAAGGACCUCCUCGAUGAUAGCGGAAACAAGAAGCAGCAGAACCAGCAGAACCAGCAGGCUGGCGGAUUCCAGAGCCAGCAAGAGCACGUCCAGCAGGGCCUCGCCGGUCAGUACCAGGGCCAGAGCCAGAGCUCCGGCCAGCCUCUUCCCGGAGGCAACAAAGCAGCAGGCGGCGCCUACGGCCUCCCCGGCGGCGACGACGACGACCUCCGGUCGGCCGCCGACCAGGCCGCCCAGCACGCCGGCAGCCACGGCGACAAGGACCUCUUCAGCGGCAUCGUCGGGUCCCUGACGCAGAACAAGUCGUCGGUGCAGCAGCAGGGCGUCGACGAGGACGACGUGCUGUCCAAGUACAAAAAGUUCUUCGGCGGCGAGGACCAGCGCGACGAAAAGGCCGACGACAAGGGCCUCGGCGCCGCGGCCGCGCUGCAGGCGCUCAAGCUCUUCAACAGCGGCGAGACCAAGGGCCAGAAGGACACGCAGGGCGGCUUCCUCGCGCUCGCCAUGGCCGAGGCCAGCAAGCUCUUUGACGACAAGGCGGGCAGGGGCGAGGUUGAGCAGGGCACGAGCAAGCAGAGUGUCGUGCAGCAGGCGGGCGAGGUGGCCAUGAAGCUGUACUUUAAGAACCAGGCUGAGCAGCAGGGCGGGCUCGUGGGCAUGGCGAGCAAGUUUUUGAAGUAG